CUUGCAAAGAAUCAUGGAAGACUUUGACGUGUCAACGCAUGCGCAGGAAGUAACCCAAAAACAACUGUUGUGCAGUUUUAUACCGUGUUUGCGGGAAAAUUUGGAGUAAAAGGCGGUGUUUUAAUGACAAAUUAUUAGCUUUUUACAACCAGGAUUGAGUUAUAUCCCAGCAAUGUUACCAGAGCCUGCAAAUUCGUCUUAUUCUUCGUCUACAAAGAAGCGUUCCAGGUGUAUGUCGACCUCCAUGCAGUACAAAUAUCUUCGGCGGAUUCUAAAAUAUCGUCAUAUGGAUUUUGAAUUUGCUCUGUGGCAAAUGUUGUACCUUUGCAUUUCACCAAGAAAAGUAUACCGCAAUUUCCAUUACCACAAACAAACUAAAGACCAGUGGGCACGAGAUGAUCCAGCUUUUCUUGUGUUACUUAGUAUUUGGUUAUGUGGGUCUUCAAUUGGCUUUGCUAUUGCACUGAAGCUACAUUUUUUAGGAUUUUUUAAGUUCUUAUUAUGGGUUGUGUUUGUGGACUGCAUUGGUGUUGGUCUCAUCAUAGCUUCAUUAUUAUGGUUCUUUUGCAACAGAUACCUACGGAUAUCCACAGCUCAUGAUCCUGGCCAGAGAGUAGAGUGGGCCUAUGCAUUUGACGUCCACCUAAAUGCAUUUUUCCCACUGCUACUUAUUCUUCAUGUCAUCCAACUCUUUUGUAUGCAGAUUAUCAUAGACCACCCACUGUUCAUUUCAAGAUUUAUUGGGAACUCUCUUUGGCUCGUAGCUCUAGUGUAUUAUAUCUACAUCUCAUUCUUAGGAUACAGUGCAUUACCAUUUCUUCGGAGUACAGUGGUGUUACUGUAUCCUGUCCUGUUGGUUGUGAUUGGAUACAUAGUGUCUCUGGCUGUUGGUUGGAACAUUGGGCAGUCAUUUAUGCAAUUUUAUGAGUACAGAGUGGUUUAGUUGACGAGACUGGCAGUAAUGAUGUGGAAAGUGAGGAGGAUGCACACCUCUCCAGACAGCAACUGUUAUAAGGAUGCAAGGCUGUCGCGAGAUAGAAGGUUGUACGCCAUGGGAAUAUCAGUAGUUCAGUCAGAGAAAGCAUCAUUUUAACAGACAGUAAAAUUUGGGUGGUACCAUGGAAUUAACGAGAUAUGCAGCCCAGAAGUCAUUGUUAUUUACCACAGUUGCUGCAUUUGAACAUGUUUGACUAUUGAACAAAUAAUUUAUGGUACUUUUCUGUGGGUAAAAAUUAUACAUGUACUGCAACAGCAGAGGGCAGCUUCAAGAUAAUUUGAAAUGAUACAUGUAUUUAAUGUAAUAUUCCUGUAAAAAAAUUAAUAUUACUUUUGAGCUAAUUUUGUAUUGAAUGGCCUCAGUUAUGACUAUUCUGGUUCUGUAAUAUAUAACUGGCCUAGCUGAUCAUUGGUUGGAGAAAGCCAUGGAAAAAUAUCCACGCGAGUGAAUGAGAUAGAGUAUUGUACACCUGAAAAGUCAUCUGACAUAGCAAAUAUCACGGAAGACAAUGUUUACUAUGCACUGUGGGUCUGAUCUGUAAAGAGUCAAUUAAUUUCAGGAAAGGUUUUGGGGUUUUUAUACUCUGUUGGUUCCCACAUUUGAAAGUAGAUAGAAAUUUGUGUAUUUAAGCUACUGUAGUUACACUGUGCAAUAUUAUUUGCAACUUCUUGCUACAUUGUUGCAAGACAAGUUUUACAGAACAUUGCUAAGUGUAGAAUUGCCUGGGCAACAUUCAAAACCCUGCCACAGUGUUGCUGUAAGUAUAGCCAAACCUCUACUGACGGUUACUUCUCUACUAUGGCCACCCCUCUACAAUGGCCAAUUUUUUUGUCCUGGCAAAUGGUCCAUAAAUUCACUCUUGUUUUAACCAUUCUACAAUGGCGACUUCUCGACAACAGCAACGGCCACUAAAGCCUGUCCCAACUGCCAAAAUAACCUCUCAAAACUGGCCAGUUCAUCGACUGAUGAACGGUGUAUACAAAACUCCAUUUUUUAUGGUAAAAGGUGAAAUUGAUUCAUACUGUGCAUCGUUGGUCUUUGUUUCUGUUUGGUUUGUAUUUUAUCGAUAUAAAAUUAUUUUGAUUGUGAUAUGUAUUUAUGUGCUAUAAUAAACAUUUUUUAAAGACAAAAA